AUGCUGACGCAUUUUUCACUACAGAGGAUUUUCAAAUAUGCAACCUCAACCGAACUUUCACUACAAGCUGGGGCUUCUGUUCUAGCUCUUGGCUCUGGGGUCGCCAUGGCUAUGGUUAACCUGAUAUUCGGCCAGUUUGUUACUGUCAUCACCGAUUAUGCGACAGGCAAAAAGUCUCCCUCGCAGCUCCGUGGCGACGCAGCGAGACUGGCGUUGUACUUCUUUGUCAUUGGGAUCGCCCGAUUCAUUGCCAGUUACGGUUUCAGUGUUCUCUUUACGCUCGCCGCCUAUCGCAUCACCCAUAACAUCCGUUACAUUUACGUCAAGGCUGGUCUCAGUCAAGAAAUAGCCUACUUCGACUCUGGGGUUGGCGGGUCUAUUGCAAUGCAAGCUACGUCUAACGGUAAACUCAUUCAGGCUGGCAUUUCGGAGAAGCUGGGUCUUGUCAUCCAAGGACUGUCUUGCUUUAUUGCCGCUUUCAUCUUGGCCUUUGUCACUCAGUGGAAGUUGACCUUGAUCUGUUGUUGCAUUGCCCCAGCUACUCUUCUCACCAUGGGCGUCAGCUCUGCCUUAGAAGCACACAUCGAGACGAAGAUCCUCCAAGUCCAUGCUCAGGGUGGCUCCUUUGUUGAGAGUAUCCUGUCGAGCGCUCGCAAUGUGCAGGCUUUUGCUCUUCGAAAACGGCUUGUCCGAGAUUUUGACAAGUAUUUGACCGACGCCCAUGAGCUUGGAAACAAGAAGAACAUGCUUCUCGGCUGCAUGUUUUCUGUCGAGUACUUCAUUAUAUUCGCUGGUAUGGGUCUGUGUUUCUGGCAAUCCAUCAAGAUGAUUGCUAGAGGAGAGGUAGAAGACCCUGGCGACGUCUUUAUCGUCCUCAUGUCAGUUAUCGUUGCCUCUGCAAGCCUAACAUCAAUCGCUCCCUACUUGAUCGAUUUCAGCCGAGCUGCUUCCGCCGCUGCCGAGCUAUUCCGACUAAUCGACCGGGUAUCAGCCAUUGAUCCGUUUUCCUCUCAAGGAGAAGAGCCUACCGAUAUUCAGGGUACUAUUGAGUGCGAAAACAUUACCUUCAGCUAUCCUAUGCGUCCUGGGGCCAAGGUCCUUGAGAACUUCUCUCUGCAUAUCCCUGCCGGCAAGGUGACAGCUCUUGUUGGGGCCAGCGGUUCUGGCAAGAGCACUAUUAUUGGUCUUAUCGAGCGAUGGUACAAUCCAAAUUCGGGCUGUGUCAGGCUAGAUGGAAAGCCAAUCGAAAAACUCAAUGUCCAAUGGCUCAGGAAGCAUGUUCGCCUUGUUCAACAGGAGCCCGUCCUUUUUUCUGGCACAGUCUACGAUAAUAUCAACAAUGGUCUUGUCGGUACGUCGUGGGAAAAUUGCACACGGGGGGAGAAGAUGGCCAAAGUCGAAGAAGCAGCCAAGAUUGCUUUUGCCCAUGACUUUAUCAGCGCUCUCCCGAACGGUUACGAUACAGUCAUUGGUGAACGUGGCGGUCUGCUAUCUGGAGGUCAGAAGCAACGAGUAGCUAUCGCUCAAAGCGUUAUUUCACAGCCAAAACUUUUGCUUCUUGACGAAGCCACUAGCGCUUUAGACCCCCAGGCCGAACACAUUGUGCAGCAAGCUCUUGACAACGUAUCCAAGGGCCGCACUACUAUCACAAUCGCACAUAAGUUGGCAACUAUACGCAAUGCGGAUAAUAUCGUCGUCAUGGAAAAGGGUCGCAUCAUUGAGCAGGGGACACAUCAUUCCUUACUAGAGGCCGGCGGCGCUUAUUGCAGUCUGGUCAAGGCCCAGGACCUCACAGCAGCGGCAACUCCAGAGGUCGACAGCGAUUCCAUCACUGAGGCUGGUCAAGAUGACACUAGCCAUGAGUUGAGUGGGCUUGCAAGGCCUUUGACACGAUAUUCGACCACGACCAAACGACAACUCGAGUCCGAUCUCGACCGUGAUGAUUACGACAAGUUCAAGCGAGUUGGGCCCCUGACGACUAUCUGGAGACUCGUAAGAUCAAGCCCAGAGCUCAAGUGGACAUACCUAUGGCUGGUAUUGUCCUGCAUAUUUGCAUUUGCCGCUUACCCUGGUCAAGCCAUAUUGAUGUCACGUUUCAUCGAUGUCUUCAAACUCACCGGAAAUGCAAUGGAGAAGAAGGGCAGUUUCUUUGCUCUUAUGCUUUUUGCCAUGGCUUGUGGCUGUCUUGUUAUCUAUUUCGUUCUGGGAUGGAUGUCCAAUGUCGUUGCUCAGACAAUGAACCACAAGUACCGAAAAGCAGUUCUCAAUGAUAUCCUCCGACAAGACAUUCGUUUCUACGACCGUCCUGAGAACACCACUGGUUCACUGUCAAGCCGGGUAGAUUCAUACCCUCAGGCGAUAUUUGAGCUUAUGGGUUUUAAUAUUGCGCUAAUGUUGGUAUCAACGCUCAGUGUGCUGGCAUGCUGCAUUGUGGCCUUGGCCUACGGGUGGAGAUUGGGAGUUGUCAUCAUAUUUGCCGGUCUUCCACCCAUGUUGCUAUCAGGUUAUUCUCGCCUCAAGAUGGAGGCUAUGAUGGAUGUCAAAAUCUCUAAACGGUUCUCGCAAAGCGCUUCUAUUGCAUCGGAGGCCAUCAAUUCCAUCCGAACAGUCUCCUCCUUAGCUAUCGAGAAUUCGGUGCUUUAUGACUACGACAAGGAACUUCAGCACGCUAUCACUGACUCAGUCAAGCCAAUAUGUCUGAUCAUGCUUCCAUUUGCUUUUACUCAAAGCGUUGAGUAUGCUUUCCAAGCACUGGGAUUCUGGUAUGGAUGCCGACUAGUCUCCAAUGGGGACCUUUCCAUAAUGAAUUUCUUUAUUGCAUUUCUUGGGGUGUUCCUCUCGGGCCAACAAGCAUCCAUACUCUUUGGAUUUGCUGGUAGUAUGACGAAAGCAACCAAUGCUGCCAACUACAUCUUCUGGCUUGAGCAGCUGAACCCAGCUAUCCGGGAGACAGACGAGAACCGAAUCAUCGUUCCGGAAGGUUUCAAGUCUCUCAACGUCGAGGAUGUACACUUUUCAUAUCCUCUGCGAUCAGACACCCAGGUCUUGAGAGGACUCAAUCUCGAGAUCAGUAAGGGUCAGUUCGUGGCCUUUGUCGGUGCCUCAGGUUGCGGUAAGAGUACCAUGAUUGCCAUGCUGGAGCGCUUCUAUGACCCCGUACGUGGUCACAUUGUCCUUGAUGGUAAGAACCUAGACGAUAUGAACCCUUGGGCAUUUCGGGAAGAAGUUGCCCUCGUCCAGCAAGAGCCAAGGCUGUAUCCCGGUACCAUUCGUGAGAAUAUCGCUAUGGGUGUUCCCACCGAUGACCCCUCUAAUGUGCCAGAUGCAGACAUCGUCAAGGCUUGCCACUCUGCUAACGCUUGGGAUUUCAUCUGUUCCCUGCCUGAAGGCCUGAACACUCCCUGUGGGUCCAACGGUCUCCAACUGUCAGGCGGCCAGCGUCAACGCAUCGCUAUUGCCAGAGCUCUUAUUCGAAACCCUAAGUUGCUACUGCUUGACGAGGCUACUAGUGCUUUAGACACGCAAUCAGAACGAGUAGUCCAAGAUGCGCUCAACGAAGCUGCCAAAACCGGUGAUAGGAUCACUAUUGCGGUUGCCCAGCGACUCUCGACUGUUCGUCAUGCUGAUAUGAUUUGCGUCUUUCACAAUGGCAAGAUCUUAGUGACAGGAACUUACGACGAGCUACUGGCCAAGAGCGAUAUGUACCAGAAGAUGUGUGAGGCUCAGAAUCUUGGGAACUAG